AUGCCCCCCCUGCAGAGGGCAAAUUCAUGCACGGACAUCGGAUUCACUCUCCGGCGACAGUUCCACAAGGACGAUUUCAGGCCUCAUCAGCGUGAAAUUAUUGAGGCGGCAUUAGAUGGGCAUGAUGUAUAUGUCCAAGCAGCCACAUCGUUCGGGAAGAGCCUGUGCUUCCAGUUACCCGCCGUGAUUGAUUCAGGCAUUACGAUUGUUGUUUCGCCGUUGCUGAGCUUGAUGAUCAACCAAGUAGAGGCUUUGAGAGCUGCAGGAAUCGAUGCCAGCUCUUUAAACAGCAAUACCUCGCCUGAAGAGAGAGAUCGCAUUCAGCGAGAUCUCGAAACUGGCCAUCCGAGAACCAGACUCCUUUACGUCACUCCGGAGCUGUGUUCGGGCUCGCGGUUCCGCGAGCGGCUGCAGCUCGUACACAGACAGAAGGAGCUUGCUCGCAUCGCCAUUGAUGAGGCUCACUGCAUAUCGGAGUGGGGCCAUGAUUUCAGGAAAGACUUCAAGCGACUAUCUUGGUUUCGAGAGACGUUUCCGGAUGUACCCAUCAUGUGCCUCACAGCGACGGCAAAUGCCCAAGUUCGACAAGAUAUCCUCAAAAUAUUGCGUCUCGACGCCACACCGGAAAGGAUAAAAACAUUUCUGAUGAGUCCGGAGAGGGGCAAUCUUCAUCUGGAAAUCAGAUACACCAAAGACGAGGAUGACAACCGUAUAUCAGACUUUUUGAAAUGGAUACAUGCCGUAUAUGAUCGUAGGCGCGCCGAACCGCGGCAGAGUGAGCUGGUGAAGCAGCGCGUCGGCGCACGACCCUUUCAUGCGAAGCUGCCCAAAGAUGUCAAGGAAGAUACCUUGACCAAUUGGAUCAACAAUGAGCCAGGCUACGAUAUCAUCGUUGCUACAACAGCGUUUGGCAUGGGCAUUGAUAAAGAUAAUGUACGAUUCGUCGUGCACUGGCGGCUUCCAAAAUCUUUUGAGGGGUAUUACCAAGAAGUUGGGCGAGCAGGCCGCGAUGGCAAUGCCAGCUAUUGUUUCUUAUACUACAGCCGAGAGGAUCUCGAACGAGUCACACGGAUGAUAAAGAGCGACACAAAAGCCGACUCAAAUUAUGAGUCGCGACUAAGGAGUCUGCAGUCAUUGGCAUACUACUGCGAGAGCAUUAAUGCCUGCCGACACGCAGCUAUAUGCAAAUAUUUCGGCGAAGAGACAGUUCCAGCGUGCGAUUUCGCAUGUGAUUUUCACAAGGACCCUGACGAUCUCGAAGAUAGAUUCGUGAGGGGGUUGGCUAGCGAAGAAUGGGUGAGCACACAGGCAAUGCAAGGUACAUAUGACAAUUACGCGGGUGACUACUGA